CUUAUUCUAUCUUUCUCCGCAGCCCCCCACCUUCAUGCUGCGGGAUAUCUCUAGACGUAGCUAUAAGGUCCAACCACUGUUUAUGCUCAGAAUGACUUCUUUCCAAAAAUGCCGCUUUUUCACAGGCAUCCUCCUGCUUCGGAUCUUUUUCCUCCAUUCGCCAUGACUCUCGACAUCGACAAAGCCCGUAGCCAGUUCCCGGCCCUCAAUUCUAGCUUCAUCUUUGCUGACAAUGCAGGAGGUUCCCAAACUGCCGUGGGAGUUGCGGAUAGAGUAUACGACUACCUGCUGAAUUCAAACGUUCAGCUGGGUGCCGAUUACUCCGUAUCAGUACUCAGCACCCAAAAAGUGACUGUUGAGGCGCCUGCAGAUGCCGCGAAGCUUAUCAAUGCAGCAUCCCCGGACGAGAUCGUCUUUGGAUCCAGCUCCUCGGCUAAUAUCGAGAAUCUUGCUCGCAGUCUUGAUGGUGAUAUCCACCAAGGCGACGAGUUCAUCUUGACAGGGGAGCAUGAAGCGAACAAUGGGCCAUUCAAGAAACUUGCAGGGCGGACGGGGGCUGUCGUCAAGUAUUGGACUCCCACACCCACGAGUCCCAAUAACCCAUAUUCUGUCACCCUCAAAGUCGAAGACCUCCUGCCCCUGAUUACCUCUCGUACUCGGAUAAUCGCAUUCACUGCGUGCUCCAAUAUUCUAGGCUCUAUUGUCCCCGUUAAAGCGAUAGUCAAAGCCGCUCGUCUGACCGCCCAAGAAGCGGGUGCCGACAAGGUCGAGAUAUCUAUCGAUUGCGUCGCGUACGCCCCACAUAGAUUGAUUGAUGUCCAAGAUUGGGAUAUCGACUAUUGUGUCUUUUCGUACUACAAAGUAUACGGCCCACAUACAUCCGUCCUAUACACCCGCUCCCCAGCGCUCCAGCAUUCGCUCUCAUCCAUCGUCCAUCAUUUCCUUGACGUGAAACACUCGGCCGCGAAACUCCAGAUCGGCGGUCCUGGUUAUGAGCUGGUCUAUGGGACCACGGGGGUGAUACCCUACCUGCUUUCACUGACCCCAGAGAACAACUUGAAGGCUUCAUUUGCGGCCAUAGCCCAGCAUGAACAGACUCUGGUCGAGCCCCUCCUCGCUUAUCUGACCCACCCUAAUCAAGUAGCUAGAGGCGUCCUCGUAGUAGGUGAGGAAUACCCGGGGCUGAUGAGGGUGCCAACUAUCAGCUUUGUCGUCGUCGGUGAAAGACCGAUGAAGAGCAAAGAUGUCGUGAAGUUCUUUGACCAGAAAGGCGGAAUUGGCAUUCGUUAUGGCCACUUUUAUGCAUACGACCUGGUAGACGGACUUCAGCCCAAGCUUGAUAUCAAUGAUGGUGUUGUUCGCAUAUCCUUGGUUCAUUACAAUACAGUGGAAGAAGUGCAGAGAAUCAUUGACAUCUUGAAGGAAGCUUUGGUGUAGAGAUAUGGUGAAGGAGGAACAGAAUUUAAUGAUGUAUUCUUUAUGCGAAAGCUUACUGAGAGGCAUAAAGAAUUCCGUCAGAACAGUUCGCUAGCGCUUUAGAUAUUGCGCAUUCUAUUACUUCUAGUAUUACAUGUAGAACAGGUUGGAAAUGAAAAAUUAUAACACCGC